GAGAUAGGAAAGUUGGGAUCUUAGUUUGGGAAGGGUAGACAUAGUUGAUAUUGUCAAUGUUUUUGUAUCUCCCUAAUUGGGGUGCGAUCUUGAUGUUUUGAUCUCUUACUUCAAGUAUCGCCAACCCUUAAGCCCGCCCACCACGGCAAGGUGAUCCCUUUGGGGGGUUAUUAUUAUUAUUAUUAUAGGUUUUAUUUGCUCAGUGCAUUGCACUGAUCCCUACUGGGUGAAAGCCUCCUCAAUACCCUUCCAUUUCUCUCUAUUUUUUGCUGUUUCCAUCCAGUUCUUUCCAGCUAGUUUUAUGAUGUCGUCUGCCCAUCGUUUCUUAGGUUUUCCUCAGCCUCUUUUUUUCUUGAUCCUGUCCAUUCUGUUACCCUUAAGGUCCACCUUCCGUCCAAAUAUCUGUACAAAUGGCCAGCCCAUUUCCACUUUAGAUGUAGGGCUUGUUUUAAUGCAUCUAUAAUUUUCGUUCUCUUUCUUAUUUCCUCGUUUCAGAAUUUUUGUAUUUUCCUGAGUUUUAACAUACUGCUCUCCAUCGCACGUUGCAAAUUGAAAUUUUGUUUCAAUUCUGCCUUUGAAUGUCCAUGUCUGGCAUCCAUAUGUUAGACUGGGCAAUAUGCAUGUGUCCAUUAUGACCUUUUUUAGGUUUGGGGGGUAGUCUCCUUUAAGUACCUCUUUCUGCGCCCAGUAUUUCCGCCAUGCACUGUUUAUCCUUCUUUCUACUUCAUUCUCGUUGUUCUUUGUGUUAAACAAGACUUGUUUCCCGAGGUAAACAUAGUCAUUUACAUAUUCUACUAGGUUCCCAGUAAUCUCAAAUGGUUUGAUUUGGCUGUUGGUCAUCACUUUAGUUUUCCCUGUGUUCGUGUACAAACCGACUCUCUUGCUUUCAUCUGCAUGUGACGCAUCAUUUGUUUGAGUCUUUUGGCUGAUUCCGUAAAGAGGAUGAUAUCGUCUGCGAAUCUGAGGUGACUAAGGCGCUUGCCAUGUAUUCAGAGUCCUUCGUCUCUCAAGUUGAUUCUUUUAAAGAUGCCUUCUAAUACUGCUAUAAAGAGCUUUGGAGAUAGUGGGUCCCCCUAUCUCACUCCUUUCCUUAUAGGUAUUUCUUCUCCUAUCGUUUCCAGUCUUACUCUACUGAUACUUUGUUUGUAGACGUUUUUUAUGAUGUUUAUAUAUGUUUGGUUCACUCCACAGUCUCUAAGCGCACUCCAGAUCGAGCUAUCUGUUAUACUGUCGAAAGCUUUUGUGUAGUCAACAAAGGCUAUGUACAGAGGCCGUUUAAACUCUUUGUAUUUCUCCAAUAUUUGUUCCAGCCUAUGAACAUGGUCCAUGGUUGAAUAUCCAGCACGAAAUCCCGCUUGUUCUAUUGGUUGACUUUCAUAAAUUUUUUGUGAUAUGCGGCUUAAUAUUAUUGAUGUAAAAAGUUUGUAUAUACCUGACAGUAGGCUGAUUGGUCUAUAAUUGCCGAUAUCUAAAGGGUCCCCCUUCUUAUAAAGCAGUAUUAUGUCAGAGAUACACCAUUGUCUAGGGACUAUUUCAGUUGUUAGUAUCUCAUUAAAAAGCUUUGUUAGAUAAGGAAUCAGUAGUAGAGCGCCUAUUUUCACCAGUUCGUUGCAAAUGUUGUCUGAUCCAGGACUUUUUUCUGUUUUUGAGUUUGGGCAGCUAAAAAAAAUACGUGUCCGUUAUUUUAGACUACUCUAUAACAUAUAUAAAUAUGAAUGAAAUCGGAACCGGACAGUUGGGUACCUUUCCUUGUUAGUCCAAUUAUGUCGAAGUCUAUAUUUUUGAUAGCAUGUAGCAGUUCUAAAAGGCGUUCUGUAGUUGAUAAUGAUCGGACAUUAUAGGUACAAAUCUUUAAUUUAUAUACGUUAGUUGGUGAUUUGGAUUGUUGGUUGGUGGGUUUUAUUGAAAUAUUAUGUUAAUGUGAUAUUUGUAGAAUCUGGUUACGCCUAUUUUAAGGGGCCACCGUACUGGCAGUAGACGGAACCCUGUCAAAUUUGUAUUUGUGUAGCAACGGUUCUAUGAAUUGUUUGUUUACUUUUAUGUAUGUCAGUCGGUCAAUAACAGUUCUCAUGUAAACACUGAAUAAAUUUCUAGUAUACACUUUCUUGGUUUAACUGUGCUAUAGAUCUCUGCUAAAUAGUGAUAGUUUAUUCCCCGCAGUGGUUAUGUAGCCUACGCACGAUUCAAGAAUAGUGUUAACGGUAAAAGAAAGAAAUUUUCAGCGGAAAUGAGUAGUGCUAUAAAAAUUGAUCAACUCAACGAGAGUAAUUAUGAAACAUGGAAGAUCCAAGUUGAAGCAGUGUUAAUAAAAAACGACGCCUGGGGAUACGUUAAUGGGAGUAUCAAGAAACCAGCUGAGGUAGCCGAAGCAGCAAAAUGGGAAAUUGGCGAUUCUAAAGCUAAGUCUGACCUAAUUUUAUCCAUAACCCCGAGCGAAUUACGACAUUUGAGAGGUUGUAAGACAUCGCGUGACGUAUGGUUAAAGUUACAGAACAUUCAUGCUUCCAAGGGACCUGCGAAAAAGGCUACGCUAUUAAAAGAGUUGUUACUGCGUAAAUUGGAUGAAGGCGGUGACUUAAGAGAACAUGUCAUGCGAUUUUUCGAUGUAGUAAGCCAAUUAGCGGACAUGGAUAUUGAAAUGCAUGAUGAUUUGAUCUCUAUAAUGCUUCUGUAUAGUUUGCCGUCCAGUUUUGACAAUUUUAGAUGUGCCAUAGAAUCUCGAGAUGCAUUGCCAAAACCAGACGCAUUGAAAAUUAAGAUAUUAGAAGAGGAACAUUCCAGAAAUGUUAAAGAAAGUGUAGAUAAGGCACUUCUUGUAAAAGGAAAGAGAUCUUCUAAGCCUAAGAAACAAAUAGAGCAUCGUCAACACGCAUAUGAUGCCCCUGAGCAGGCUAAUUCGAAAAUUAAGUAUAAAUGUUUCAAAUGUCACCAGCAUGGACAUAAAGCCUCUGAGUGUACACAGAAGAUGAAAGUACAACGUAAUGAUAGUGCAAAAUGUUAAUGCUGUUUGCAACGAGAAUGGAAAUUGGAUCGUCGACAGUGGGUGUACGUCACAUUUGUGCAACGAUACAGAUAAAUUUGGUACUACAUUACUACCGUUGCCCGGUAAGCUAAAUUUAGCGACAAAUUCGAGCACAAACGUACAAGGUAAGGGGACAGUAAGAUUUUCUUCAUGUAAUAAUGGUUCUAAA